AGCAGAACAAAUAUUACAAUUUUCUCACAAACACCAAAAGAAGAAAAAACUGUGAAAAAACGGCCAAGCAAAGACACUGAUAACUAAAAUGGCAGAGAAGAGCUUCAAGUACGUGAUCGUCGGCGGUGGAGUCUCCGCCGGAUAUGCAGCUAGGGAGUUUGGAAAGCAAGGGGUUAAGCCAGGAGAAUUGGCAAUCAUUUCCAAGGAGGCGGUGGCUCCUUAUGAACGUCCUGCGCUCAGCAAGGCAUAUCUCUUUCCUGAAGGAACGGCUAGACUUCCAGGAUUCCAUGUCUGCGUUGGCAGUGGAGGGGAGAGACUACUUCCCGAGUGGUACACAGAGAAAGGGGUAGAGUUGAUCCUUAACACUGAAAUAGUUAAAGCAGAUCUUGCUUCCAAGACUCUCACAAGUGCAGCUGGAGAAACCUUCAAGUAUCAGAUUUUGAUUAUUGCAACUGGUUCCGCUGUUAUAAAAUUGUCAGAUUUUGGUGUCGAAGGAGCUGAUGCCAAAAACAUCUUCUACUUGAGGGAAAUCGAUGAUGCUGAUAAACUUGUGGAAGCUAUUAAAUCAAAGAAGAACGGAAAGGCUGUCAUCGUUGGAGGAGGAUACAUUGGUCUUGAACUUAGUGCAGCCCUGAAAAUUAACAACAUUGAUGUUACAAUGGUUUAUCCUGAACCAUGGUGCAUGCCUCGUCUUUUUACUUCCGACAUAGCUGCAUUCUAUGAAGGUUACUAUGCUAAGAAGGGAAUCAAUAUUAUCAAGGGAACUGUUGCUGUUGGGUUUAAUUCUGAUUCAAAUGGAGAGGUAAAGGAAGUGAAGCUUAAGGAUGGUAGAGUUCUGGAAGCUGACAUUGUUGUGGUUGGUGUUGGUGGAAGGCCACUUACAACUUUAUUUAAAGGACAGGUUGCAGAAGAGAAGGGUGGACUUAAGACUGAUGGGUAUUUCAAAACAAGUAUUCCUGAAGUGUAUGCUGUUGGUGAUGUUGCUACCUUUCCCAUGAAAAUAUACAACGAUAUAAGAAGAGUUGAACACGUUGAUCAUGCCCGCAAAUCAGCUGAGCAGGCUGUGAAGGCCAUAAAAGCAAGCGAAGAAGGGAAAACAAUCGAUGAAUAUGAUUACCUUCCAUACUUCUAUUCUCGUGCCUUUGAUCUUUCCUGGCAGUUCUACGGCGACAAUGUUGGCGACACUGUACUUUUCGGAGACAAUGAUCCAAAUUCAUCAAAGGCAAAGUUCGGAACAUACUGGAUCAAAGACGGAAAAAUUAACGGAGUUUUUCUGGAAGGUGGAAGUGCUGAUGAAAACAAGGCUAUUGCUAAGGUUGCAAGAGAGCAGCCUGCUGUUGCGAGUGUGGAUCAGCUUACAAAGGAAGGCCUGUCCUUCGCCUGUAAGAUUUAAAAAUCUUUCUAUAUGAUUUUAAGUUUCUACACCCAUUGAAUAGCUUACGGUGGUUUGUUUUGUGUUGAAUGAGUUAUUUGAAACUACUGAAUAAAUUGUGGAGCUAUUCUUCUUAUAUCAACAUGCAUCUUCUUGUUUUGGGUGA